AGUGCACGCCUAAACGGGUGGUUGCCUUUGAUGUGUGCUGUAAAAAAAACUGAGAUGGUUCCCGCUUUCCUAAUUCUACAAUUUCUGCGCACUUGUUACGGAGCAGAAGAAUUUCUCGUGUACCCAACUCUACUCCAAACAAGAGAUGCUGCUGCAAACUUUGUUCUUCAUAUCACUGACAAGAUCAUAUUGAAUCUGGAGAGAAGUUCCGUACUGGCGGACGAACUACAUUUCGUUACGACCAGUGAUGAUGGUGACCAACUGGACAUGGUAGAUACAUCUACUAUUCAAGAGAGCCUGUACCACGACACACAUCAUCAAUCCUCCGUUCGAUUACUUCAGCGAGACGGUUUGGUGCAAGUAGAAGGGGUGAUCAACAGCAAGCUCAGGAUAAAGCCUCUACCAGAAAGAGAGCGGUCAUUGCGAGGUCAAAUGCUCCAUAAAGUAUAUGAAGUGAAUGAGAACUACAACGGACUCUUUAGGGAACGGACGGUGCUUGAGCCUUCACAAUAUGAUGAUCGAUAUGAGUCAAACUACGAAGACAGGGUAGAAGCACGAGACAUGAGCCCUGAGUUGUUUAUCGUGGAGAUUCACGUCAUUUCCGACAAAGUGCACCAGACAAGCUUUAGAAAAAAUGAGGACUUAAUUGCAUAUACAGCUGUCAUGGCAAACGCAGUGAACUUACGAUACCUAGAAAUGGAACACCCCAAAAUAAAGUUUAAACUCGUUGGAGUAACAAGACAGAGCGACAGUUUCGGAAAAGUUAAUGGAGAUAUGCUUGACUCGUCAGCAACGCUGGAAGAACUUGGAAAAUAUUACAAGAAAAAGCACGUGCCGGGGAAUCCCGAUCUGGUAUUCAUGUUAUCUGGGCUUGACUUGGUCGACGAUGCCAACGGAAGAGCCUUAACAGGCAUUGCAUACAGGGGCCACGUCUGUAAAAACUAUCGUGUCGGAAUGGGCGAAGAUAUAGCCACCUCUUACUCGGGAGUGAAAACAAUGGCUCACGAAAUGGCACACAUAUUGGGAUCACCACACGACCAGACCCCGAGGUGUCCGUGGAAAGACGGAUAUCUAAUGAGCUACCUUGAUGGAGGCACAAGAAAGUACCGGCUUUCAGUAUGUAGCCAAGAAGAGAUACGGAGCACCGUGAGAAAGCUGCCACAGCGUUGCUUCGAUGAGCAGAGUAAGACGAAUUACAUGGCUCAACAUAAGAAAUUCCCGGGCCAGUCAGUACGACCUCAAUAUUACUGCAGAAAGAUGCUGAAGGUGCGAGGAAAAGGGACGAAAGUGGUUCCGGAGAAGAUAGAUUACCUUAGCCAGCAGUGCAAGAUGAAGUGCUGCAUGAAAGACUCUUUCGGAGACAAGUGCUACACAGUAAAUAUACUAGAAGGAAUGGGGUGCACCAAAGGAAAGACGUGUAGAAGGGGAACCUGUGGAAACUAUAAAUGGCCGUUGUAAAGGAUACGAAUACUAUCCAGACUCCUUGCCAACUAAAUAAAAAAGUUUCAGUUUCUCGUCUA